AGUCAAAGCCAUCGAAAGUCUGAGCAAAGAAGACGACACCAAAUGGCUGACGUACUGGGUGGUGUACGGUGUCUUCAGCCUGGGAGAGUUCUUCUCCGACAUCUUCCUCUACUGGUUCCCCUUCUACUACGCCUUUAAGUGUCUCUUCCUGUUGUGGUGCAUGGCUCCGGUGUCGUGGAACGGCUCCCAGAUUAUCUACGACAAAGUGGUUCGGCCCAUCUUCCUCCGCCACGAGGCCACGGUGGACAACAUGGUGAGCGACCUCGGCGGCAGAGCCAUGAACGCCGCCGAGAACCUCACCAGAGAAGUCCUGUGCCAUCUGAUGAAGAACAAAGCCCUGGUGACUCCGGGGCCGUCGGCCAAUCAGCAGGAAGCUAUCAGUUUACCGAGUUCCUCAGCGGCUCGAGUCGCUCCAUCAGAGCCGAGCAUAGAAGAAGAAGAACGGCCGCCUUUCCUUGGUUGACCGGUACGUCCUUCAGAUAGCAGCGGAGGAAGAGGAGAAGCCUCCGGGAGGAAGAGGAAGAGCCUUCAGGGAGGAAGAGGAGGAGCCUCAUGGAGGAAGAGGAGUCCUCUUCACCAUCACAGCGAGAAGAAUCCCUCCUGCUGUCAAAGAGACUAAUGUCCUAUAUCACAUCAGAUACGUUAUAUUUAUUCAUACCCCAGUCUGUAACGUGAACUCAGACAGACUGUGAUGUUACAAACAUGUUUCCUUAUUGUUUUCAUUUUAUUUAUUCAUAGGUUAUUUAUUAAUGAAUUCUGUGCUCAGUGGGAUGUUUAGUUUUUAGACGAUGAAGCACCUGCGAAUAAAACCAAAAGGCUCAACUUCUCUGCUGCA